AUGGCCGCUUCCAAACCGGCCACCGCUGCGAGCCGCGCGGACUCCUCCAAAGAACGCAUGCUUUCGCAGCGCCGGCACCACAGGCAACUAAACCAAGCGGCUAACGAAGUUAGCCACCAGUUGGCACACCUUGCGAACCUCGAACGGCCAGGCCUAUGGAUACUACACCACGAAGACCUCUAUCGGCCAGGCAUCGACACGCGGCCGCAUUCUCGCGAUCCUGAUAGAGAGAUUCCCCUCAGUCUUCCAGGCCUAAAGCAAGGCACCAUUUGGGACGGAAAGGGACCGGCACCCGACUUUAACGACGUUGCGUUCUGGGAGGCAAAACGCAGCGAACUCGGCGAGAAGAUCAAAGAGGUCGAGGCGGGGCGUGUGCAGCCUCGUUUUAUGCCGGAGGAGCUGAAGACGAUCGAGUCAUUGGAGCAGCAGGCCGGCCAUGUCUUUCAUGCAGUACUGGAGACCAAACGGUGCGCCAUACGAAAUUCAAAGUUUGGAGUGUUCAACACGCUCUUUCUCCUUGCAAAACUCGGGCGUCCCGGGCAAUGGAUUCUGCACAACGAAGACCUCUACCAUCCUGCCAUCGAUACCCGCCCAGAUACACGCGCACACCAGACCAGCAUCGUGAUCCGCGAUGCCACCUACGACGGCAGCACGCUGUUUUUGGGCGACGGCGAGCUUCUUAUUAACUUUGAGCUUACCUGGCCUGGGAGCCUACCAACACCAGACUUUGCCGACCUUCCUUUUUGGGAAACAAAAUUCAAGGAGCUGACCGGCAAGCUGAUUGAAGCCGAGGAGGGACUUGUGCAGCCCCGUUUCACGCCCGAGGAGCUGCAUACACUGGAGCUGCUGGAAGCCGACACGAGCCACGCUUUCGCAGUGUUUGCCAGAGAAGCGAAAGCCAAUCCCCCCGUCAAGGACACGCCCGAAUCGCGAGCGCGGGCGAAGUCGCUGUUUCUGUUGCAAUCCAGAUGUGUGAACCAACUGGAGUCGCUGUGGGACCACGGACUUGCUGGGAAGUGGGUGGUGCACGGCGAAGACUUGUAUGUUCCGAAAUACGACACGCACUUCCGCGAGCGCGACGCAGACGGCGAAGACGGCGCCGGUACCGGCUACGUGCUCAUCGACAGCGACCUCGACCUUCGUUUGGACACCCGCUUCAAGCCGGCACCGCUCGACGACCUCGAGACGGUGGCCUACUGGGAGCAGAAGCUGGCCGCGCUGGGCAACACGUACGAGGACGUGCGCGCCGGCCGGUUGACGGCGCACCACUUCUCCAAGGGCGAACGGAUGCGCAUCGCGCUGCUUGACCGCGCCAUCGACGAGGAACUCGAGGCGCUCAGCAGGGGUGCGACCAACAACACGGGCCGGCGCACGGACACGGUCGCAGCGUGGCUGGGCGGGGGCACGAACACGGCCGCCGCGACACCUUGGCCGGACGAGCCAGGACGGCAACGGACGCAAACACCGUCACCGCUGCGGAGUCUCAGCGAUGGGCCGGCCGCCGCCGUUGGACCGCAGCGACAAGCAGCGGAGACGAAACGCAAGCCGGAGGCUCGGAAGAGAAAGCGCGCAGCAGACGAAGAGCACGAGCCGCCGAACCGUGGACGCGGGCAGCGCGCGACCAAGCGCAGCAAACAGCGCGGCGCUGCAACACCACGCCCGACCACAGGACGACGAGCGCGACCAACAGACACAGCCCCGUUGCGAAGGAGCGCUCGCAUCGCAGCGCAGCCACCAAAAAGCUACAGAUGA